AUAGAGUCGUCUGCGCAUGCGCGUCUCCAGUAUAGGACUGUCGAGGUCGAAUUAGAACAAGGCGAGUAAAAGGCACAAUAAUGCCUUCAGACCAUGACAAAGCUGCGUACCCUGCGCCUCCACGGCAGACUCCGGUUGUGGACAAACAGACCGCACUGCCAAACCCUGCCGUGAUUCUGACUAAACUCUUUUAUUACUCCGUGGACCUGCCUGUCACCACAUUUAGAGGUAUCAUCGACGGCUUUAGGGAGAACAACAGGCCCGUGUACUACCACCAGAAGUACCGCCGUGUCCCUUACCUGACGGAGUGCGAGGAGGGAGACUACACCUGCUGCUAUGAGGCUGAGAUGCAGUGGAGGAGAGAUUUCAAAGUGGACCAGGAGAUCAUGAAGGUGGUGCAGGAGCGUCUACGGGCCUGCCAGUCGAGAGAGGGACACAGCUUCCACCAGAACUGUGCAAAAGAAAUGGAGUUGUUCACUGAGACAGCGAAGAACUACCAGUUACGCUAUGGAGACCUGGGAGCGUACGGCAGUAGUCGUAAAUGUCUAAUGAAGCAGAAAGAACGAAUGAUGGCUGCCCAGGCCCAGACUGCUUAAGAACAGUCGCCAUGAAAUCGGUCCCGUGUAAAGAUUGUAAAAUAAAAUGUAUGUGACUAA